GCGAAGGGAACGGGCCGGUGGCGGUUGCUUUGGGGCUGCCUGGAUCCUCUCGGCCCAAUGGCUGCUCUGAAGUACGCGGGGCUGGAGGACACGGACAGCGAGGAGGAGCUGCCGCCCGGCUGGGAGGAGCGGACCACCAAAGACGGCUGGGUUUAUUAUGCCAAUCAUCUUGAAGAGAAAACCCAAUGGGAGCAUCCUAAAUCUGGAAAGAGAAAACGCAUUGCAGGAGAUCUGCCAUAUGGGUGGGAGCAAGAAACAGAUGAAAACGGACAAGUGUACUUUGUGGACCAUAUAAACAAAAGGACUACAUACCUUGACCCCAGACUGGCAUUUACAGUUGAAGAUAAUCCAAUGAAGUCUACUACUAGACAGAGAUAUGAUGGAAACAGUACUGCAAUGGAAAUCCUUCAGGGUCGUGAUUUGAGUGAAAAAGUGGUUAUAAUCACUGGAGCGAAUUCUGGAAUAGGAUUUGAAACUGCAAAGUCUCUUGCACUCCAUGGUGCCUAUGUCAUUCUUGCCUGCAGAAAUAUGUCAAGAGCCAACGAAGCUGUGCAACGCAUCCUAGAGGAAUGGCAUAAAGCCAAGGUAGAAGCUAUGACCUUAGACCUCUCUUCUCUUCACAGUGUGCAGCACUUUGCUGAAGCAUUCAAAUCCAAGAAUGUGCCACUCCACAUGCUGAUCUGCAAUGCUGCUGUUUUUGCUGCUCCAUGGUCCUUGACAGAAGAUGACCUAGAGGCCACCUUCCAGGUGAAUCACCUGGGGCAUUUUUACCUUGUCCAACUUCUUGAAGACAUUCUACGCCGCUCAUCUCCAGCAAGAGUUGUGAUGGUUUCAUCAGAAUCACACAGAUUUUCAGAAAUUAAAGAUUCCUCAGGAAAGCUUGACUUCAGCCUGCUUUCUCCAUCUAAGAAAGAGUUCUGGGCUAUGGUGGCCUACAACCGUUCCAAACUUUGCAAUAUAUUGUUCUCCAAUGAGCUAAACCGCCACCUUUCUCCCCACGGGGUGACUUCUAAUGCAGUGCAUCCUGGAAAUAUGAUCUACUCAUCCAUUCAUCGCAACUGGUGGGUGUAUACCCUGCUGUUUACCUUGGCUCGGCCUUUCACCAAAUCCAUGCAACAAGGAGCUGCCACAACUGUCUACUGUGCCACCGCUCCAGAGCUGGAGGGCCUGGGAGGAAUGUACUUCAACAACUGCUGUCGCUGUUUGCCAUCACAAGAGGCCCAGAAUGAAGUGACGGCUGCAGCCUUGUGGGAGCUAAGCGAGAGACUGAUCCAAGAACGAAUUGGCAGGCAGUCCAAAUAA